AUGAAGGAGUCAUCAGAAUAUGAUUAUGAAGUGUUUUUGAGCUUUAGAGGACCAAAUACUCGUACGGACAUUGCUGAUUACCUUUACGUCAACAUGAUUGAUGUUGGAAUUCAGGCAUAUAGGGACUAUGAAGAGCUCUGCACUAGGGAAGAGAUCAGCGGCCCCUUCUCCAAGCAAUUUAACACUCAAAGAUCUCAAUACCAAUCUUUUCUAAAGGAUAUGCUGAUAAAUGAGCACUACGGCAACGCCGUUGUUUCUCAUUUAAACAAGAAGCGGUUCGAUGAUGAGACUAUCAACAACUGGAAGGCUGCUCUUAAAGAGGUUGGAGAACUAAAGGGAUGGGGUCUCCACAGAAUGCUAAACAAAGAAAGAGUAGAGAAGUGGGAUGCCAUAUUAAAGGAGCUAGAAGAAUCUCCUCUAUAG